AUGCGCUUUUUGUGUUUACACGGUGCAAGCACCAAUUCCGAGAUCUUCCAAAUCCAAACGGGAGGAUUGCGUCAAUCUCUCGAGGAAAAGGGACAUUCAUUCACUUUUAUCGAUGGCAAUGUUCCCUCGAGCUGUGAAGAGGGACUCGAGGGCGUCGUAGAUGGGCCGUUCUACAGUCACUACGUGCGCGACCCCGCUCUGCCGGGUGUCCAGCUCGCCGAGGCCUUUGAGCACGUCCAACGUGCUAUUCAAAAAGAGGGUCCUUUUGACGUCGUCAUGGGCUUCUCCCAGGGUGCCGCACUCGCAGCGGCGCUCAUCGCCCACCACGCCAAAGAGAAUCGAACGGGCCCACCCUUGUUUCGCGCAGGUGUCUUUAUCUGCAGCGCGCGCGCCGUGGGAGAGCUCCGGGCUGGAGCGCAUCGAGAACAAACCCGACACCUGGGCCAUCAAUAUCCCGACGGCCCAUGUGGUGGGUAA